AAUGUGACCCGGGGAGCGGGGAGAGGCUCUCAGACCGCGAUGGCACUUCCACUGGCGGCAGUCGGGGGCACACUGGGCACAGUCGCUGGCUUGCUGGCCAUCUGUGUGCUGGCCUUGCUUUGCCGCUGUUCCAGGAAAAGGGCAAGAGACUCCAAGAGCCCCGAGAAAGCUGGAGCUACCGUGAGGCAGAGUAACAUCGUCAGCACGGCGCAGCAGUUUAGUUUGAAGAAGACUACAGAGCCAGUCCAGCCAAGGACUCGGCUGACAACCCCAAAGAUCUACACCCCUGAACCAAUGGCAACAUCACCGGAAUUCAUAAAUUACACUGACUACACAUUGGGGUCAACAAAUGAAACAACAUCAGUCGACGGGGGAGAAACUGACAGUUUAAUGGCAGACUCAUCUGAAGAACUCUUUAUUAUUUCCAAGAACGCUGCUGUUGAUGCUGCUUCUCUAUCUGAUGAUUUGGAGAGUGAAAUAUCUGAAGAUUGGCUGGAAGCUGUGAAGCUGCAUUAUGCAACAAAAUAUAACUACCAUAAGUCGGAACUGCAUCUCACCAUUAUUGAAGCCCAGUUCAUAGAUACAGUGGAAAAUAUGAACUACUGCGACAUUUACGUCGUAGGUACUUUGGUCACAAAACUUGGAAAGACUGAGGCCGGGACCUCCAACCAAACCAAGACCUUAUUCCCAGUUUGGCAGGAGACUUUGAUCUUCCCAGUCUCAAAAGAACACCUGCGGGACGGGACAUUGACGCUGGCUCUCUACAGCUAUGACAGGUAUUCCAGGCAUUACUGUGUGGGAGAAGCACAAGUCCACCUACCUGACAUGCCGAUGGAUGCAAGAACCAAUUUGUGGAUCAAUCUGAAAGCUCCUGAAAAGGACUCUGUAACGUCGCCUGGUGAGAUUUUGCUUUCUAUUAACUACCUUCCAGCUGCCAACCGUCUCAUUGUCGUUGUUAUGAAGGCACGACACUUAAACUCAGAUGAGCUGAAACAUCUGAUAGAUGUUUCAGUGAAACUCACCCUGAUGCACCAGUCCGUGAAGCUGAAGAAGAAACAUACCAGGCACGUGAAGCACAAGAUAAAUCCAGUUUGGAACGAGAUGAUAAUGUUUGAAGUGCCCUAUGAGCUACUGUUUAAAUCCCAUCUUGAGAUAGAGAUGUUGAACCAGGACUGUACAGGGCAACACCACUUACUAGGCAAAUGUAGCCUGGGUCUGAAUUCUAGUGACUUAGAGUUAAGUCACUGGCAGGAAAUGUUAAACAAGCCCAGAAAGCAGACUGCAAUGUGGCAUAAACUACAUGCAUAA